AUGUCGGCCCCUACAAGAUGGCACUACAGCGGUUCGCCGGAGUCUGCCGAUGUGCUUGUGGUAGCCCAGAGCGGAACUGAACUCUGUGGGAACUGUGGCGAAGAAGCAGCUAAUGCUGUGGUGUCCGGGUAUGAAUACCAAGAUCAACACAUGCAAACGAUUUUCUACGCUCAAGGACCAUCAAUCCAAAGGGCAGUGACCAUCCCUCCGUUUCAAAACGUCGAAUUGAUGAACUUGUGGAUUGAACUUCUCAAGAUGGAACAUGUGCCAAACAACGGUAGUGUGGCCUUUGUUAGGCAGAUCCUGUGGAAAUCAAAGCCAAGAUUCGAGCGGAGAAAGUUUGGAAUA